UGUGCUCCAGGUUUCUUAUCACAGCAUGAGGGGCACCCAAAUUACCUUGCCUCUCCCUCACAGUUUGUUCUGGAUUAGUGUAUGCAUGCUGUAUGUACUGACAUACCUGUGCGCAUGUGUGUAUGUUGUGUGGGGAGGUGGGUGGGAGUGUUUUUCCAGUGUUUGCAUUGCCUGUACUGGAACACUGUCCAGCUGUAGUACCCAUCUCUGCUCUCAUUUUGAUGUUACUGGGAAGAAAAAGAAAAUCUGGCAGUGUCAGUUCUUGCAGGGUAAUGAUUAAUCUUAAGAUGAUCGGUGCUUUUCCAAAAGCCCGAGCCUCUAAUCAGUGUAAUGUGCUGGAAUUGAUCCUCCUUCCCACUCUCCCAUCCUCAUUACAGUCAGUUUUCAUUUAUAGUCCCUUUGUAGCGGGAAGAGCUCAAGGACUUCAGGUGUGUAAUAGCUCUGGUCUCUGAAGGUCUUUCUCUAGGGGUCUUCAAUAGGUGGAAUGCUUCUGAAACUGUUUUUGGAUAGAGAAUCUCCACACAAACUCUCUGCAAUAAAAAUAAUCCUUUAUUUUUCUGUUUCAGUAACACUUUUUUUGUAAUCUUUUUUUUUUUUAAACAAAACCCUGGGAUUUGGGAACUUGGCUGAAGUUACUGAACACUUGGGGAUGAUGGUAGAGGAAAUGCACAGUUAAGGUGAAUCUCUGUUUGCUGAGUGACAGGAACAGCCAGGUGGCCCUUGCUUGCAGCUCUCCAGCAAGUGCUCUCUCCUCCUCUGGUACCCAUCUCCAGUGGCUGGCCAUGAGCAUGGAGAGGCUGCCCAUUGAGGAUGGGGGACGGGUUGGUCCUAGUGACAGGAGAAGUUGGUGCUCCCUGGGGCCUCCUUCAGAUAAGCCUGUUCCCUGGGGUGGCUUUAUUUUAAUGUGCCUUAAGGCACUGAAUGGGCAUGCGAAGGUCGUGUGAUCCAGAUCUCCUUUUCUUGUGCUUCCUAGGCGAUCACUCUUUGUGGUGAUCGCCUAGGAAGGUGUCUUGGGUGAGGAAAACCUGUCCCUCGUAUUGAAAUAUACUCUGUUUUCAUAGUUCACUUUUAGCAAAGUACCUUUGGCUGCAUGUCAGCAUUUUUUCAGUGGUUAGAGAUGAUUAUCUUAUCAGAAAGUUUCCCUGCUGGGAUAUAUUAAUGUUUUCCUUUUAAAGUACAGGAGCUGGCUUCAAGUUGGGUUUCCUUGGGAUUUUUUUCUGCUCUGUGCACAGAUGGCAAUUAUUUGUUUUCAUGAUAUAUUAGUAACCUGCCAGAAAGUGAGAGGCCUGGAUUAGGUGAUUUACUUAUUGCCAUUAAGUAAUGUGGAAAGUCAGAACCCAUAACCAUGAACGUGCUGGAGCACAUAUUCAUAAUCCAAACAUAUUGUUCAUAGCCCGGAAUGAUUUGUCAAUGUGGAUUGCCUUUUUUCCAACCCCCUUUCUCUUUUUCCCUUUUUCCCCCACGUUGCCUGGAGACUUUUAUACCUCUUGCUAUUGAGUUACCCAGAACAGUGACACAGCCCUGGCUCUCCUCCAGGCCGAUGGAGAAGGAGCAUGGCCGGACGCCCCUGCAUCUUGCUGCCCACAAGGGUCAUCUCCACGUUGUCCGGGUUUUGUUGAAGGCAGGUUGUGACCUGGACAUUCAGGAUGAUAUAAAUUCUUUAAACCACGUAAGAGCCAUAAGAGUUAGUUGAAGAAUGACCUCCAGUGGCUUGGAGUGGGAUUAUUAUGAAUUUCAACCGGUGGAGUCCAGCUCUGUAGAGUACGCCACCCCGGGAGCUAACUCCUUCCUUCUCCCUGCCAAUACUGAAAACUCUUACUGGGAUCCCAAUGCUAUUUCUGAAUGGUCAAUGAGCAUCCACACAGCACACACCUCAGAAAUAGUCAAGGAGAAAGUUGUGCCGGUGAAGGAAAUCAAGGACGAAAAAGAUAAGAAAAACCAGAAGAGAAAGGCUAGGAAGGAACCUAGAAGAUCAGAAAGAGAGAAGGAGGGUGAUCAGACAGCAUUGCACCGGGCUGCUGUUGUAGGGAACACCGACGUUAUAGCAACUCUGAUUCAAGAGGGGUGUGCUUUGGACAGACAAGACAAGGAUGGGAACACUGCUCUUCACGAAGCUUGUUGGCAUGGAUUCAGUCAGUCUGCCAAAGUGCUCGUUAAAGCAGGAGCCAACGUUCUUGCCAAGAACAAGGCAGGUAACACCCCUCUUCACCUGGCUUGCCAGAACAGCCAUUCCCAGAGUACUCGUGUUUUAUUACUUGGAGGAUCUCGAGCAGACCUCAAAAACAACGCAGGAGAUACCUGUCUGCAUGUGGCUGCUCGUUAUAAUCACUUGCCCAUCAUUAGGGUGCUGCUCAGUGCUUUCUGUUCUGUCCAUGAAAAGAACCAGGCAGGGGAUACUGCGCUCCAUGUAGCUGCUGCUCUCAAUCACAGGAAGGUGGUUAAGCUGUUGCUGGAGGCAGGGGCUGAUGCAUCCGUUGUCAACAAUGCAGGUCAGACCCCUCUAGAAGUUGCCAGACAGCACAAUAACCCUGAGGUUGCGCUCCUCCUCACUAAAGCAUCACAGGUCUCACGCUUUAACCGUGGAAGAAGCCUGAGGAAGAAGAGAGAGCGACUGAAGGAGGAAAGGCGAGCUCAGUCGGUACCACGGGAUGAAGUGGUACAGAGCAAGCAGGGCAGCAUCUCAGCUGCUGAUGACACACCAAGCAGUGACCAGCCACCACAGAAGAAGAGCGAUCUGAAGGAUGAACCCCGGUCAACCUCACCAGAUCCCAAAGGGAAAAAGAGCAAAAAGAAAAAGCCAAAGGAAAAGGUCUCGGCACUCUCAGACCCCAUCUCCCCAGCUGAUCAGCAGACACUGCCCCGGGCCCAGCAAAACGUGCCUAAGCGCAGAAGUAAACAUCACUGCUUCUCUCCACCGCCUCCCCACGAGGUCCGAGCCUACCAGCUCUACACGCUCUACCGAGGGAAGGACGGGAAGGUGAUGCAGGCACCGAUAAAUGGAUGUCGUUGUGAGCCCCUGAUAAAUAAACUGGAGAAUCAGCUGGAGGCAACAGUGGAAGAGAUAAAAGCUGAGUUUGGGACGGUACAAGAUAAGAUGAAUAUUAAGCUGGGCCAGAUGGAAACCAAAACUCAACAUCAACUCCGUGUGUUAGACAAGCUCAUGGCUGAGCGGCUCUCGGCAGAGAGGACAGAGUGCCUUCACCGCCUGCAGCAGCACACUGAGCUGGAAAAGAAUGAGGGGGAGAAACGGCAGAUUUCCUUGGUCGAUGAGCUGAAGACUUGGUGCAUGUUGAAGAUUCAGAAUCUGGAGCUCAAGCUCUCUGGAGAUUCCAGGUCAUCAAGACCAAAAUCAACUUUGUCCACUUGUGAGUCUCUCACUGAGACCCUGGAUACUGAGAACAACCCCCACAGUGCCAAGGACUGUAAAGCCAACCAGCCCGUGCUGCAGUCAGAGGGCUCCCACCAGCAUUCCUAUAUCACACUUCCAGAUAGCCUCUCGGAAGAUGGGGGAAGGAACAGAGGCCAGAUGCCAGAACAGAACUUUGGGCAACAUUUUUGCAUUCAACAGGAUGGUGCAUCAGGUGCAACCUUAUCAGGUACAGAGCAACAGUUAAUCACUGGCGGACCGGUGUCUUCUGCCCCUGCUCAAGAUGUCAGGCCAAAGGACAAAGCUGUUAGUGCCAGCACGUUCCACAGGCUCCAGCAGGAGCUGCCCUCCUCUGAGGUUUUGGGCUCCAAAUUAAGACACGUUAAGGUUCAAGCUGCUUUGCAGCCCUUGACUGAACCUGCAAAGACUGAACCACAGAGUGGCUGCUUCAUUGACAAAGGAACGCAGACGAAGAAGUCCAGCAAAAGCGGGCAGUCGAGGCACAAAGCUGUGCACCACGCUGGGGCACAUCCGAGCCAGGAGCAGCAGCCCUCUGCCCUGCCUGGGGGACAGCCGCCUGCCCCUGCGCUCAGGGACACCUCCCAGGCCCUGGAGAUAACGCAGUACUUCUUUGAGGCGGUUUCCACGCAGAUGGAGAAGUGGUAUGAACGGAAGAUAGAAGAAGCCCGGUGCCAAGCUAACCAGAAAGCACAGCAAGACAAAGCUGCACUCAAGGAGCACAUUAAAAGCUUAGAAGAGGAGCUCAGCAAAUUAAGGACUAAGGUGCAGAAAGAGAGCUAGCGUCUACCAAGCAGGUACAGACAAGCAACAACAGGACCCAUUCUGGAACCUGCCGUAAUGGAAUCUGGAAUACUGGUAUAUAUAUGUAUUUGUAGUGCCUGUUACAUCCAAACAAAAUCCUCUUUUUCAGGAGUAGAACUAACUUUGGAGACUCCAGAACUGAGGAGAAUUCAUAUGCAGACUACUGAUGACAAUGAGAUGCUGCACAUUAGUUCCUUUCUUUGUUAUUUCCAAGAGUCUGUUAAAUAUUGCACUCUCAAUUUCCAGGUGCUGCUUGAACGCAAACUGCAUUAGAAACCAAAACUGCUUUCUGAAAAGGGAAUGUUCUUACUUCCACAGAGGUCGUGUGUGGCUAGAGGGUUCCACUGGAUGCUACAUGUAAAUACGUGGUGAUACCAAUACUGAAAUAAGUCCAGGAUGUUUGAGGGAGCUUUUGACAGAAUUCUUUAGUGACGAAGGGCUAUCGAUACUAUUUUAGAUACUCCCCACAGGCUCUCUCUAGUCAGCUACAAGAACCAAUUCCAAUUCCAAGCCCAUGCAGGUGACAGAUGCAGGCUUCCAGCUGGGAGAGGCCAGGUUCCCACUGAGUGAGAUACACCCCAUUAGGUGCAGAGGCUUCAGUUGCCACUUUGCUUUUCUUUUGGUUUUACAUUAUUAAAACAAAUGCUAAAUUAGAUUUGUCCUUUUUUUACAGAGUCCUCCUUGCAAAGCUCCUUGUGGUUGCACAGUUGGUGGGGCCAUACUCCAGUAAUUUGACAGAGAAGUUUUGUCUAAGGAUGGCACAUAUUUUACCAUAACCAUACUCUACUUGCUAGCUAUAAUUUUUAUAUAGAUCUCUUCUUCAAGCAGCAAAUGGCUGAAUUCUCCACUACUGAAGAAGCUUGAGAAAGUCCUUUUAUCUAAAGAAGUGAAAGCUUCCCUGUACUCAAAUGUUUCUUUUUCUGCAGUCAGGAUUUUCUCAGACACCCUGCCCUUUGUUCUUCUCCUUGGUUUUUCCCUUCCUUGUAUCUCUAAAAAGAGAGGCCAGGCCUUGGUAAGUCUGCAAGUCUUAGGACUGGAUUUACAAACACUCCCACAAAAUAGAACUCAACAACAUCUUAAAGUUUUUAUGGAUGCGUUUUGUUAUAAAAUCAAAACUUACAAUGGCCAACGGAUCCGGGCUGACACGCUCCAGAUCACCUAGAGGCACUGUUGCAUCUGCACCUCUUUAGGGCCCCUUCCUUAUCCCUCUGAGACGGCUUCAUCAGAUUCUGUUAGAAAAGUUAACAGAUCAUGACAGAACAGUUGUUCAGAACCAAUUCAAAGACAGGAUAGCACUGUUGUGCCAAGGAGAAAGAUAUUUUUUUUUCUGUACUGAGGAGCCCUAAAAUCAAUACAAAAUACUUUACAGUAUUGAAGACACCACUGACUAAUUAGUGAUUAAGCUUUCUUCUUAGCAGAUGUAUAAAGCAAAGAAAAUUGUAUUAUAUAGCAAUAUUUUUAAAGUUCCUAUUAAUGCACUAUCAAGACAAGAAAAGUGUAUCUGCAGUUAUGGAAACACUAGUUUUAUUGCUCUGACUUCUGUAGUCUAACAUAGACACUUCCAUAUGUUUACAGUUUUGUUUAAGCUACCGUAGGAACGCAGAAGCAUGCUAUUUAAGUUUUGUAUCAUCUUGAUAAAGUGAAUGUUUUGCCAAGCAAUUAAAAUAAGUGUUGCUCAGAA